AUGUCGUUUCAUCUACCACAUGGUGAGAUGAUGAUCACACUCGACAACGUCGUGUGUCUGUUGCAUCUUCCGAUUAGAGGGACAUUCUUGGAUCAUGAGAGGAUUAAUAAAGAUAAGGCGUUGGAUAUGUUGGUUGAGAAGUUGGGAGUUGCCCCUCAGAGUGCUCUGGGAGAGAUUGAUAAAACCCGUGGUUGCCACGUCAGGUAUAGUUUUUUGGGUCAGGUGUUCAUGAAUGAGAUAAGGCGUGCACAAGAGGAUGAUGGUGAUCCCGAGCAAGUUACCAUUCACAUGAGGUUUGCUAUAAGAACAUACCUUUUGUAUCUUAUUGGCACACAGAUAUUUCUGGACACUAGUGCCACUUACAUCCUUUUCAUGUACCUGCGGUAUUUUGAUGAUUUUGAGACGAUCCACCAGUGGAACUGGGGGCUUCUUGCCUAG